AUGGCUCCUAAGGGGAAGUCCAAGGCUGUGUCAGAAGCCUCGUCGCUGGAAGCUCCCUCGUCUUCACUGGAUGCGCCAGCCUCGUCGCCUGCUCCUGCUUCUUCUGACCCUGCUGGCAAAGGCAAGGGCAAGGUUACUGAGGAGUCAGUAAAUGUACCUCUUACUGAUGCUCCAGCAAGUGGAUCCGGUCUCUCCCUGGAGGAGAAGCUGGGCUCUCUUCGUACAACGACUCCUGACAGCGGCUUCAUUGAAGAUGAUUCUGACGAGGAGCUCGAAGUCGAAGUCAAGACGGAAGCGUUCAACCGUGUUCGCUACACUGCGAUUCUGCUGAUACCCGUGGCUCUCGCCCUGGAGGUCGCUUCCGUCAUCACCACGGUGCGGACUCUGAUGCGGCGCGUCUGGUCGUCUACGCUCUCUGUUGGCGCCGUUGACUCGGCGAAGUUCCAGGAGCUCCUGCCGGCGUACGUGGCGAAGACCCGUUACAGUCGCCUGCAGGUCUCUCUCCUGCGCGAGGAAGAUAUUAUGAGCAUCAGAUCCAAGGAGGUGGAUUACACGCGUCCUAACGGCACGGUCUUCCGUCUCUACUGGCAACACACUGACGAUCCUGCUUUUGUGCGUGAACGUGCGACGAACAAGCUGGCGAUUGAGGUGGUGAUUCGAGACUCGUACCAUGCAGCUGCGUCCCUUCCGGCCUCGCCGCUGAUAACCCCCAUCCUGCUGGAUCCGGCCAUGGUGUUGAUCUCCACCGGAGGGAAUCGGGAAGAGUGGAUCUGCACGCAAGUGGGCUGUGGGAAGGCGAAGGGGAAAAGCUUCAUGACUGCAGCAGAUCAUGUCACCUCUGCGAACCACCUCAUUCACCUGGAGAAGCUCGGAUCUGCGACACGUGUCUCACUCGAGCGUGCAAGCCUCAAUGUCACGAAGAAGGAGUAUGGGCUCUAA